AUGGCUCCAGUCUUACUUAAAAUGCUGGAAUUUAUAGUCAUUGGUAUCAUCCUGACAACACACAUUCAGCCAUCUCUACCAGAUGAAGAAGAUGCUGAUCCUGAUGAAACUGAGCCUGUGUUUGGUCUCACAAUCAACAGUUCCUCAACAGAAGUUGCCACAGGUGAGAAUGUGACACUGAAGUGCUCCUCAAGAACAGGUUCUAUGCCAAUUAACUACACAUUAUAUAAAGGAAAAGACAGAGUGCUACUUCCUACAAGCAAGAAUAAGAAGGGAGAAGAGGCAGAAUUUCAUUUCAUUAUCAAUUUAAUCAGUGAACUGGGUAAAUGUAAAUGUAAAACUGAAAACAUACUCACUAAAAAUACAUACAGUCUUGGUUUCAACUUCACAAUGAGAAACAGGUAGCCUGUGUCUCAACCCGAGAUCUACAGUCCCUCAACAGAAGUCCGCAUGGGUGAGAAUGUGACACUGUCUUGCUUGUCAAGGGCCGGUUCUCUGCCUAUUACGUACACAUUAUAUAAAGGAAGAGUCAGAGUGCAACGUCCUGCAAUCAAGAACAAGAGUGGAGAAGCAGCUGAGUUUCAUUUUCCUAUCAAUUUGAUCGGUGAGCUGGGCGAAUAUAAAUGCAAAGCUGAAGGCAACUUUCCUAAAGAAAAAUAUAGUUUUGGCUUCAACUUUACAAUGAACGGAGAGAACAACAACUUAGUUGUGUUCAUCGUGCCACCUCUGCUAUUGCUGCUGCUGGCAUUAGUUUUAGCAUUUCCAUUGAUUAUCCUACCCUGGUGUAAAGCAAGAAAACUGAGAGACAUCUCACCCACUGGUUUUGUUUCAGCAAGGGACCCGGGCUCACAAAAUGAUGUGACUUAUGCUGAAAUUGCACAUGAAAAAGACCAAGAAGAAUAUGUCAACUUGGAAUUUAGUAACAAAAAGGAAAAAAGCAAACAAGUGAGCUCCAGAGAUGCUACUACAGUAACCUAUUCAGAAGUUAUCAGAAGAUAA